ACAAAUGUUUUCCUCGCCUCUGUGAUUUACGAGUAAGGCUAUUACAUAUUGGCUAUAAGCAUCCGAUGUUGGCCAACCGAAAUCCCCGUGGUGCCGACAGAAUUAUAUAUAAAAAUAUGACAUAAGUUAUGUUGCGUGUGGACUGAUGGGAAUUGUAUGCUACUAUGACAACUCAGCUUCGAUCAGACUAAGCGCUAGCUUUACCACACGCAUCUCUGGCAACGGAACUGAGUGAGGAACAUUUGAGCUAUUAGUUAGCCAGCAAGUAAUGGCAGAAGGAAAAAGUGGAGAAGACAUUGUGUCAGAGUACCUUGGUCAGAACCCUCACCUGACCCAGUGGGUGGAGUCUCUCAGGGGAUUGUGUGAGACAAACAAACAAUGGAAUGCCAGACGGGAAUUCCUCUUGAGGAACAUGGAGACCUUCCCAUCAGUCCAGCCAGGAGUCAGCAGCCCGAGCACGGACAAACUGCUCUCGCUCUCCAUGGUUUGGGCCAACCAUGUUUUCAUGGGUUGCAAAUAUCCUCAGCCUGUCAUGGACAAAAUCAAAGAGAUGGCCGAUGGAAUCAUUGUCAGGGAUGCUCCAGUUCGAACAACAAGGGAUGAGAUUAUGGCGAGAGGAAAGAGACCGGGUGCCCCAGGGGGUGAUGCUGACAGCUCUGGGAAGAGGAGCAAGGCCGGCCCUAAUGAGGCUGGUGGGAGGGCAACUGGACGAGGUCUGAAGUCAGGUCCUCCUCCACAGGCCCCGGCCGAUCACCAGCCAUUCUUCAACCGCCUCUACAAGGCUGUUGCCUGGAAACUGGUGUCAGCCGGGGGCUUCGGUCCUAACCUGGACCACUUUGAGAUCCUGCAGGGGUGUGUGGAGUCAUCAAAGGAGAGUCUGAGCUGUGUGUUUGUGCCUUUGAAGGACAUCCCAGAUCUGCCCGCGGGCCGCACACAGAAGGAGGGCCAGGUGUGUGAGCUACGCUGUCAGAAUGUCUACAUGGGUACAGGGUACGGGCGCGAUGAGGCCGCUGCCAAGGCCAUGGCCUCUAAAGAGGCCUUGAAGGCAUUCCAGGGACGCAAAGUGACUGUGAAGAUCUGCAGGCGGCGCUUCCGGGGGAGGGACGUGGAGGAUUUGGUUCUGGUUGAUGACCAGCCCAGGAACCCGGUCUUUCCACCUGCUCUCAGCUAUCCCUUUCAGGCAGAGCAACAGGGAGAUGGGUUAUCAUAGCAAAGCCAGGAGUGGCAUUAAGACACUGUGUAAAUCACUGGUGGAUUGAAGGUCAUGGAAAAAGUACAGCAGUGUCAAAAAUAAUUGGCUCAAUAUAUCACCAUGUUUUGCAUUUUAUUAUAUAUAUAAUUUUUGUUGUUGUUUUUGGAAUAGCCUACACCAAGUUAUUUUACUUUUUGAGAUAUUUAAACUCACUUGUAAGAAUGAAGGUUUAUUGGGACUGCUGCUUAAAAUGUGUUUGAUUUUCAAUUGGCACCAUAUAACUAUUAUAAUUUUCAUCAGCAGUUACACCUUAGAGUUUAGGUAGAUGGGCAUGACUGCCUUGUGUGAAAUCUUUGUCUGCAGUAUCCAUUUGCCUUUUGUCAUUUUAUGACUUUACAAAUCAAAUGAGCUCACUAAAGCAUGACUAGAUAGUAUGUGGUUGCUAUGUACAUCAAUCAGCUCCAGAGGUACACAUCUACUUUAAUAUGAACAGAAGGUAUGCUACUGAUGAGACUUGUUAGAGUCGCUAUUAGAAAAGGCCUCUAUUGAUGCUUGAAUUUGUUUAGCCUUUUGUGUGUGAGUUUUAAUUACACUCAUACUGUUUCAAUUACCAAUCACAGAAAUAGUCUGGAGAUGAGGGUUUGAAUUCAUAAAAUACUCUUGUCACAGUAGAAUACUUAUCUUUUCAUUAUGUUCAUUUAAAAUGUUCCGAUCCCUGUCUACAUGGGUGCAAGCUUUUGUUUUCAUCUCAGGAUCUGGCGUUGACUUAGAAACCACUUGACUGUACGUACUGUGUUGAGAACCUGUUGGCUUGUGUUAUGGUUCAGUUCUGAACAAAAAGUUCAGUGUGCUUUGCUGAUUUAAAUACAUUGCUACUGUUCUAUUGAAACAUAAAUUCCCACAAUGUUCUGUGUUCCGGUAUAUUUCUAUAAGUUGUCCUGUUUCUAUAUUUUUGUAAAUAAAAAUAAUGUAAAGAAUA